AUGAAUCAUGGCAAGUCCAAUCACGAGUCCGAUUCGGAUCAAUUGAAUGGUAGCUCUGGUCAGCACGCUGGCUGGUCCGCAUUCAUCGCAGAACACGUCGAAGAAGGCGCUGCUCGCAACCCAGACUGGCUUGGCAACGCCCAAGUCUAUGAGUGGUCUGACGAGUACGGAAAUGUUGCUCCUCGCCAUCCGGGUCUUGAAGAAGAGCUCUUUGGUGACAUGAAGCCGGAAGGCGAAUACCGUGGUGUGCUCGAUAUCGAGGUGCGAGUCGAAGGCCCAGAACGUCUACAACCGAUUCGGAAGUUCGAAGAUGCGGGCCUCCACCCAGUCCUUCUGGAGAACAUUGCUCUGUGCAGAUACGGUAGCCCGAUGCCAAUUCAGUCCUACAUCAUCCCCGCCGUGCUUACCGGCCAUGAUGUGGUCGGAAUCUCUCAAACCGGGAGCGGAAAGACGGCUGCCUACCUUGUCCCGGCAAUCUCGAAACUGGCUGGAAAGGUUGAGCUGAUGGCAUGUUCACGACGCAAGGGACGCGCGGAGCCUUUGAUCGUGAUCAUGGUGCCAACACGCGAAUUGGCGCUGCAAAUCUUCAAUGAUGCUCGUCGACUCUGCUAUCGCACAAUGAUGCGUCCUUGCGUGGCAUAUGGCGGUCGAGACGACACUGCCAACAGUAUCAAAGAGAUAAGCAAAGGCUGUGAUAUUCUCAUCGGCACGCCUGGGAAACUGAAAGACCUCAUGGAAAAACCCGACGUGCUGACCAUGUCUCGCGUGAAGUAUACAGUCAUUGAUGAAGCUGACGAACUGCUGAGCCCGGACUGGGAUAGCGAGUUCUCGAUGCUGAUGGUCGGAGGAGAUACAAAUGAGGAUGCGGAUCACGUAUUCAUGAUGUUCUCUGCCACUUUCCCAAAGGAGGCUCGUUCUCUGGCACGUCAGUACAUGGCUGAAGACCAUUACCGCAUUCGUGUCGGUCGCCCAGGUCAAUCCCACAUGAACAUCCGGCAAGACAUUAUCGAGGUCGAUCACUUUCGCAAGAACGAAGCAGUCUACGACCUCCUCGAGUCCGUGGAACGGACCCGAACGUUGAUAUUCUGCAACUCCAAAGCUACGGUGGAUCUGCUUGACGACUACCUGUAUAACAGAGGACUGCCUGUCACUUCCAUCCAUGGAGAACGAAACCAGCGAGAGCGCGAGGAUGCAUACACCGCAUUCAGAACGGGCAGGUGCCCAAUUCUCAUCGCGACGGGACUUUCGUCUCGAGGCUGGGACGUGUCUAACAUCGGUCACGUCAUCAAUCGUGAUCUCCCAGACACCCAGUACGGUGGAAUCACAGAGUACGUACAUCGGAUUGGUCGCACCGGUCGCAUGGGUCACACAGGUCUCGCCACAUCCUUCUUCGGCGACCGUGAUGAAGGUCUCGCCCAGGACCUGGUGAACUGCCUGGUGGAGUGCAAUUGCCCGGUUCCAGAAUUCCUGUCCCACCUCACGCCUCAGGAAGGACAGAUUGACUUUGGUGACAACAGCGACGAUGAAGCGGACGAAGAUCAUCCCAGUGGCGAUGACAAUGGCAACGCUGAUGGGGAUGUUGACGAAGCUGCCGACGAGCUUGCCCGUUCUCGACUUUGA